AUGCCAAAACGGGACGGGUCAAAAAGCAGUCCAAUCUUGGCCGUUGACAGUGAUGGAGCCGUGAUCGGUCAUGGCCCAAGGAUGAUACGACUUUCAGUCUGGUUUGUCCUUUGCAGCAUCGGUAGAGACCCCAGAUCCAGCCGGUUUGUCAAUUUUGCUUCUGAAUUCAACACAUCGGCGUGA